AUGCAGCCAUAUUCUCUUGAAAAGAUUGAAUUGGUGUCUAAACACCCCAUCGUUUUAAUGAAAUUGGCUGCGGAACAAGACCCAUUGAUGACUAACCCUAAUGUCACAUUGAAAUACACAUCAAUUGGACAAAAAGCGGUUAUAGUGUUACAAGGCGAUGGGAGUUUGUCACAAAUAAUUAACGGGAAAGCACUUUUCAUUCGCAAGUUAAGUAAGAUGAGUGUCCCCACGCAACCUCUUGAAGAAGUCCCACUCAUACAAGACGAAAGCAGCGAAGAAAGUCAACAAUUUGACUCGGAGGAUAUGAAGGAGUUCGAUGGUGUCGAUGUCGACCAAUUUUUAAAUCCAAAUUCUGAAGACCAGAGUGAAAAAUCGGAAGAAAGUGGUGAUAUCAAAUCCAAGCAACACAAAGACGAGAAUAAAGAUGAUGGUAUAGAGAUUGGUGGUAUUGAAGAUCUUGGUGAAAUGGAUGAUAACAGUUCUUCUGAGAACAGUGCGCACUCCUCCGAGACCUCGGAAAAAGAAGGAUCUUCCGAGAACUCAGAAAAGUCUGUCGAUACCUCAAAGUCAUUUAGUGUUUCUGGCGACAAUUCCGUUGAGAGUGAAAAUGAAGAGAAGAACGAAGAGCAAAGUGCGUUACCCACAGAAGAGAGCCCAUUGAAUUUUGUCAUCCCAACAGUAGUAUCAGGGCUUCAUAUUGGUGUCUUUGAUGUUGGGUACGAUUGUGUCUAUUCAGGAAGUUACAACAGUUUACCUAUUCGUCAGUACAACUUUGAUGGUACAAUCAAAAGUUCACCAGUGUGUCAAUACCACCACAUCUGUGCUGCUGUUGCCGACGAAGAGAUAUUCUUAGGAACAACUGAAGGCCUUUUACAACGCUAUUCGUUCAUUGAAAGAAAGAAGAUGCUCCUUUCAAAGUUCAAAUUCAAAAUUACAAUCAACAACACCCUCUCUAACCCCGUCGAACGAAGAGCAAAAAUCGAAGACAAACACCCUUUAAUCACUUUAAAAAUCGACACAUGUCCGAUUCGGUCUGUCUGUCCAUUCACACAUUUAGGGUUAGUCGUCUGUGCGACGUGUGAAGGGAAGAUCUAUAUUGUGAAUACUAUGACCAAUCUUAUCUGUGGAUCGCUUCGAGGGCCACAAGGGAGUGUUAAGUUGUAUUCGAGUGGUGAUUAUUUGAUAGGGAUCUGUUUAGACCGUUGGGCGUAUGUGUGGGAUUUGCGCCUGAGGAAGCCGGUCUCGAAGAUAUAUUUGAAGCGCAUGCCGUCUUGUCUUGCCAUUUCUAAUUGA